AUGGCCAGUCAAAGACUCUAUGUCUUAGUUCCUAGAGCCCUGUCCUUUCUAGCAAGCAUUGUGGCAGUCAUUUUUAUGGCUACAAGUAAUCAGAACACGAUUUGUGCCAUUGACUUUGAAUUCAAGUUUCGCAGAAGUUUUGUCUUCAGAUAUUUUCUUGUUGGGAAUGCUAUUGCAGUCGUGUAUGGAUUUCUGACUCUAGUUGGGUCUCGGAAAUUCUUGCUCUCACGAUUCAUUGUCGUUUUUGACGUGUUUGUGACAUUGUUGCUGGCAUCGUCAUCAUCUGGAGUGUUAGCCAUAGCUCUUUUGAGGAAGAAAGAAGACUACCAUGUUCAAGCAGCUAUUGGCACUGGUUUUGCUGCUGUUUCUUUAUACUUUUUCAGCAUUCUCUACACCAUUCCACAUUCCAAAGCCAUAAACUGUUGUUGUGGUAACUAA